GCUAUGUGGGCGUAAUAAUUAUUAUGAGUAGAUUAUAGGGGUAUAGGUAUGAUUUGCAAUGUUUUUGAUAUUGACUAUACACCUACUGAAAACAUUUUAAAUCAACUCGUUCCUUCAUUCCAUCCUUUCAUCACAAAAUUCCUUCACGCUUUAUGAAAAGAGAAACAUCACGAAAAAUAUUGAUCACUUCGCACAUAAGAAAUCAAUAAGUCAGAGUAGUCAUGGAAAUCGUACACCUGUUCUACUGUUCUUCAGUUUCGGUAUGAGCUCCCUUUCGCAAUGUCCUUAAGAAAUAGUUCUGCUUCCAAUGCUUCCUCGCGUUCUAGAUCUUCCAAACCGAAAUAUAGACGAUCUUCCCAAUGUUUCGAACAGAAAUAUUUGAACGAGUUAGAGAACGAGGCGAGAAAGUUGAGUAUCGAGUCCAACGAGAUCAAACUGAAGAACAAAAGGCUCCAAGAAGCUGGCUCGAAACAGGAUGUUACCAAAACAUUCCUGGAAUUUUUCGGCAGCAUUCCUGAGUACGAUGAUGUCAAUCAUUUGUCUAAUAGGGAUUUCUAUAAGAAACUGGAAAAUUUGAGGGAAAAACAAAAGCAGUACAGCGACUAUUUGCAGACCGAAUUGAAAUUGACGAACAGAGAUACGGAAUGGAUCAAUGAUUAUCAAAUGCUCAAAUUAGGGUCCAAAAUGAAUGAUAAUAAAUUAUCACCACCCCAGUCCAAACCAUUCUGCAUGACUCCCAUAUUGAGCAAGAAGAGCAAGAAUAUGAAGAACUAUGAAGAUCUAGAACUACUUUCUCUUUCUGACAGAGAAACAAAGCCACCAUCUAGGAGAUCUGUUCGAAUAGAAACACCUUUCAGCGCCAAAAGUGACAAAUCCAGUUCUAACAGUAGCUUUAGAUCACUGAAGAGAGCGAAGUCAACUGCUCCUUCUUCUCCUCUGGACAGUUCUAAGGAGCCUUUAGGUUCUGAAAAAUCGGGAGAAGAACUUCUAGAAGAAGAAGCAAAUAGAAAGGAGAAUUCUUGCCCUCUCACCAACUGUGGGAUAACAAUACCGAAACCCUUUCAGAUGACUGUCAGAGAUGAAGAAAAUGAAAUCGUAGAAAAAUGUAUGACUGAACUGAAUACAAAUGCUAACAAAGAAAAACAAGAAAUGUUCAGAGCCCAUCCAGUUCCAAUUGAGUCUCAGAUUCCACUUUUCGACAAAUUAAUGGCAGAUCAAGAAUAUAAGAAUCAUUUGGUUCGAGAAAGACGGAAGGCUGAUCUUAAUUCCCAAAUGCGACCAUUUUCAUUCACGAAGAGGGACGAAGAAAUGCAAGUUUUAUCGAAGAGAUUAUCGAAAUCCUCACCUUGUAUAUUUCCAGAAGAGAAAGAAGUGGUGAAAAAAUUCAGAGCAAAACCUGUACCGAAGAAUUUGUUCAGCAAUUAUAUCUACCAUAAAAUGUAUGAAGAUGAAUUUUAUAGAUCACUUCAGAAAAAAAUAAGAUCGGCAGAGAUGCUGAAGGCUGCUUCACUGCCACCAUCUAUGGCAAAGAGAGAACAGAACAAGAAAAUCUAUGACGUUUGUCCCAAAUCCUACAAAACUAUGACCUAUUCAGAUGAAUUCCCAGAGUUCAUGAGAAGUAAAAAAAUACCUGAUUUCAAAAAAUUUCACGAUCUUUAUGAAAAAGAACUUGAAGAUCUGAAGAACGAGUUCAUCAGCACUAGUCCAAGGCCAUUUAAAUUCAGAAGGUCCAAAUCUAAGUGUAAGAAAGACAACAAAACGAUAUCUUCGGGCAGUUCAAGUAGAACCACUUCAGCUUCUGGUUUAAGAGCAGUUAGCAGGUCCAAUUUAGCAGCUGUACUAAGAAUUGAAUCUGCCAGGAAACGUCUUCAAGAUCAUAUGGACCAAAAACUGGAGGAGGCAAGAGUUAAGGAAGAAGCCAGAUGGCGAGAGAAGAUAAUGAGGAAAAAGCCAGUCUGGGAAUCUUUGGCUUACAGUAAUGAAGAAGACCUUCAAAUGAGAUUGAGGAUGAGGAAAGAUGAGGAACGUCUUAGAAAGGAGGAGCAUCGAUUACGAAUGGAAUUGAUGUUUGGAAGAGUGAAUCAACAACCAACACUUUUCGAAAGGCAAUCCCAGAUCAAAUACCCCAAAACGAAAGAAGAAAUUAUCGAAGCUGUCUACAGGGAGAAUAAUGUAGCUAGACCAAAAAGAAGUGUAAGUGAUCUUUCGGGUAAUUAUUAUUAUAAUGGGUUGAAAGAUGAAGGUGUCCAAGUGAGCCGUGAUGAAUUGGAAGAUAUCGAAUUAGAAAAGGCAUUGAUGAACGAUGAGGACAAAGACAAAUUCGUCGUGGCAGAGUUGGAAGAAGAGUAAUGGAACAACAAAAAUAUCGAAAAUAUCUAUACUGAUCUGACUUUAUGAUUGUAUAUUUCAAUAAAGGCUAUUUGCAAUUCAACAAAUUAUUAGUUACCUACUCAUUUCAUUAAGUAAGCGUUUUAUUAAAUUGUAUUAAUACAAUAGGUGUUAGUGAAACAUUAUCUUCUUUCAUGUUUUCAGACAAGAUAUCUGAACAAGAAGCGGAAAGACUUGCAAAAAAUAUAUUCUUCAAAUUACCGUGCUUGGCAUAAAAGAAAAUUAUUUCAUCUAGGUUUUCCAAUUCAAAUUCUAGAAAUAUACCAACUGAUUGUUAACUGUCUCCUUCCGCUGGUUAAAUUG